AUGGAUCAUUUCUCGAAAUCCAAAGUUUCUUCCGUGCUGCUACUGGCACUUGCCAGUGUUGCGAAUGCUGAGAAUUGUUGCGCCAAACUCAAGACAUUAGACUCCUCGAAGACGUUUUACCCUAAUACCUACACCUACGGCGCUGCCAAUGGCGCAGGCGGUCUUCUCCCAAUUCUGGGCAACGUUCUUCAAAACGACUUUCCCUAUUGGGCAAACCAAGGGAUAGCCGCUCCAGGUUGCGUCUUCACAGCAAAAUCCACCGAAGAUGUCUCAAACGCUGUAAAAAUCCUACAUCAAUACCAGUGUGAAUAUGCAAUCCGCUCGGGUGGCCAUAAUCCCAUUCCGGAGUGGUCGAAUACAUACGGUGGUGUUUUAUUAAGUACAUCUGGUAUCGAUGAUGUAGCUUAUAAUCCAACGGAAAACACAGUUACCUUUGGAGCGGGCUGCAAUUGGAAAGAUGUUUACAAUGAACUAGACCCCUUGGGCGUUGGUACAAUGGGUGGUCGAGAUAAUACAGUGGGGACGGGUGGGUUUUUGUUAGGCGGUGGUAUUAGUUAUUAUUCUAAUUCGAAGGGAUGGGCUGCAGACCAUAUUACUGCUUAUGAGGUCGUAUACGCCAACGGCACUAUUGGCACCAUCACCCCUUCUAACUAUCCAGAUCUUUUCAUUGCUAUGAAAGGUGCUGGAUCUUCAUUCGCCAUCGUUACACACUUCACCCAGGAAACCUUCGAACAGAAAACCUAUAAUGCUGGUUUUGUCUUCUACCCCCCGGGAUCCAUCCCUAAGGUCCUUAAUGCUCUCUACAACUAUUCCGUAGACGGCGCCAUCGCUCACCCAGAAUCGCACAUAAUCCCUGCUUUCUCCUCCGUCGGUCCAGAUCUGGUAGUUACAGAGAUUACCCUCGGCGCUUUCUGCUUCUUUUACCCAACCAAACUUAAAAAUUUUCAAGAAACGGAAGUAUUCAAACCAUUCACGAAAGAGAUACCUUUCCUAGCCAGCACUAAAAAGAACAGAAAAGGCAUAAACAGCAUCUCCGGUGAAAUAGCGGGCUACAGUGGGCCCGGAAAACGUCAAAGUUUUACCGAUAUGGCCAUCGUACUCGACAGUGCCGAAACCCUCAAGGUUCUCUGGGACGCAUAUCAAGAUGUUGCAGAACCCUAUAGACUUUGUAUCCAGGGAUAUACGGCAUCUUUCAUCUUUUACCCCUUGACGAGCACAUUCGUUUCCCAAGGAACUGCGGGGGGUAAGAAAAAUAGUAUGGGACUCGAAAAUACACCCGCAGGGCAAGACGGCAAGACGAUUAUGAUUAUUAGCAUAAACCUUACUUGGUUGUUAAAGUCGCAGGAUGCAUUGGCGGCAGAGUGUGUUGGUAAGGUGUUCGCGAAGUUGAGACAGAUCGCAGAGCAGAGAGGGAUUUACCAUCCGUUUUUGUAUAUGAAUUAUGCCAACGGAACGCAGGAUGUACUCGGUGGAUAUGGAGCGGCUAGUGGUGAUAGACUGAGGCAGGUGAAGUUGGAGGUUGAUCCCACGAAUGAUUUUGGAACUUUGGUGAAGGGGAGGUAUAAAAUACCUGAUGCCUAA